AGACAAAUUUAACGUUGCUGACGUGGGCUGGCAUCCUCUGUUGCUUGGUAUGGAGUGGAUCUGCUCAGCAAGGUGGAAGUGACUGCAUAAAAGCCAAUGCAAAAUCAUGUGGGGAAUGUAUACAGGCAGGACCAAACUGUGGUUGGUGUAAAAAAACAGACUUUCUGCAAGAAGGAGAACCAACAUCUGCCCGAUGUGACGACUUGGCAGCACUGAAGAGUAAAGGCUGCCCUGAGCAAGAUAUAGAAAAUCCCAGAGGUAGCAAACGGGUGCUUGAAGAUAGAGAAGUAACAAAUCGUAAGAUAGGCGCUGCAGAGAAGCUGAAACCAGAGGCCAUUACACAGAUCCAGCCACAGAAAUUAGUACUGCAACUAAGAGUCGGGGAACCGCAAACAUUUUCAUUAAAAUUUAAGAGAGCUGAAGAUUACCCCAUCGACCUUUAUUAUCUUAUGGACCUCUCCUACUCUAUGAAAGAUGAUUUAGAGAAUGUGAAAAGCCUUGGAACAGCUCUGAUGCGCGAGAUGGAAAAAAUAACCUCAGACUUUCGAAUUGGAUUUGGUUCUUUUGUGGAAAAAACUGUGAUGCCGUAUAUAAGUACAACACCAGCCAAACUCAGAAAUCCUUGUACAGGUGACCAGAACUGUACGAGUCCGUUUAGCUAUAAAAACGUGCUGAGUCUUACUAGUGAAGGAAAUAAGUUCAACGAGCUUGUAGGUAAACAGCACAUUUCUGGGAAUCUGGAUUCUCCUGAAGGUGGAUUUGAUGCAAUAAUGCAAGUUGCUGUUUGUGGGGACCAGAUUGGAUGGAGAAACGUUACGAGGCUGUUGGUGUUUUCCACGGAUGCCGGAUUCCACUUUGCGGGAGAUGGUAAACUUGGUGGAAUUGUUUUACCAAAUGAUGGGAAAUGUCACCUGGAAAACAACAUGUACACAAUGAGCCACUAUUACGAUUACCCCUCUAUUGCUCAUCUGGUACAGAAGCUUAGUGAGAACAAUAUUCAGACCAUUUUUGCUGUUACUGAGGAGUUUCAGGCAGUUUAUAAGGAACUGAAAAACCUGAUACCUAAAUCAGCAGUGGGAACGUUGUCUUCCAAUUCCAGCAAUGUCAUUCAGUUGAUCAUAGAUGCAUACAAUUCCCUUUCCUCAGAGGUGAUCCUGGAAAACAGUAAGCUACCAAAAGGAGUGACAAUCAGUUACAAAUCGUAUUGCAAGAAUGGAGUGAAUGACACACAGGAAGAUGGAAGAAAAUGUUCCAACAUUUCAAUAGGAGAUGAGGUUAGAUUUGAGAUUAAUGUAACUGCGAAUGAAUGUCCAAAGAAGGGACAAAAUGAAACAAUUAAAAUUAAACCCUUGGGAUUCACUGAAGAAGUGGAAAUUGGUCUCCAGUUCAUCUGUGAAUGUAUGUGUCAAAGUGAAGGAGAACCUAACAGCCCUGCCUGCCACGAUGGAAAUGGAACAUUUGAAUGUGGUGCAUGCAGAUGUAACGAAGGACGUAUCGGAAGACUUUGUGAAUGUAGUACAGAUGAAGUGAAUAGCGAGGAUAUGGAUGCUUACUGCAGAAGGGAGAAUAGUACAGAAAUAUGUAGCAACAAUGGAGAAUGCAUUUGUGGACAGUGCGUAUGCAAGAAAAGAGAAAACACCAAUGAAGUGUAUUCCGGCAAAUAUUGUGAAUGUGAUAAUUUCAACUGCGAUCGAUCAAACGGUUUGAUCUGUGGAGGAAAUGGUAUCUGCAAAUGCAGAGUGUGUGAGUGCUUCCCCAACUUCACUGGCAGUGCUUGUGAUUGCUCUUUGGAUACCACUCCGUGCCUGGCAGCAAACGGACAGAUCUGCAAUGGGAGAGGAACUUGUGAAUGCGGUACUUGUAAUUGUACAGAUCCCAAAUUCCAAGGCCCCACAUGUGAGAUGUGUCAGACUUGCCUUGGUGUCUGCGCAGAGCAUAAGGACUGUGUUCAGUGCAGAGCUUUUGAUAAGGGAGAAAAAAAGGAAACAUGUUCUCAGGAAUGCAUGCAUUUUAACAUGACACGGGUAGAAAGUCGAGACAAACUGCCACAGCCCGGCCAGCCCGAUCCUCUGUCUCACUGCAAAGAAAAGGACGUUGAUGACUGCUGGUUCUACUUCACGUACUCUGUCAAUUCAAAUGGUGAAGCCAAUGUCCAUGUGGUAGAGACACCAGAAUGCCCCAGUGGCCCGGACAUCAUACCCAUUGUAGCCGGCGUGGUUGCUGGAAUUGUUCUUAUUGGACUCGCAUUGUUACUGAUUUGGAAACUACUGAUGAUCAUUCAUGACAGAAGAGAAUUUGCUAAAUUUGAAAAGGAGAAGAUGAAUGCCAAGUGGGAUACGGGUGAAAAUCCUAUUUACAAGAGUGCAGUGACAACUGUGGUCAAUCCUAAAUAUGAGGGAAAAUGA